AUGCAGUCCACAUCAAUUCAAUUCAGUCCGAUUAAGGAUGGACGCCGUAUCCUUGGUGAAAAAGACACCAACGCGUGUUUGUCGCCAGCCCGCGAGAACAAACAGGCCCUCCCAGUCACCGGAACACCGGUCAAACGGGCCCUCUUCUCGACAGUCUCACCCAAGAAGCUUCUCCCCUCGCCAGUGUUUGCAGGCCAAAAACGGACAAGAAACCAGGUGGAUGAGACCGACAUGGACAGAUCGGUGCAGACGCGGGGCUGUUCGGUUGAAGGCUCCCCAAUCAAAAAUGUCACUCAGCACAAUCAAGCACAAGAGAAGCAGGAAACCCGCGUCGCCACGCCCACACGCUCCGAGCGCGACCAGAAUGAACAUAUGGAUACACAAAACUCGUCUACCGCGUUGGACCAACAAAAGACACGAACAAUUCCCGAUGACCCGGACGCGCGUAAAAUGUUUAUUCAAGAAAAAGCGGCUCUUCUCCGAAACACCCUCCAAACCGCCAUGCGCAAUGUGACCGACCACCAAAUCGACCGAAGAGUCUCCAGUCUAGAAGAGCACAGUCGGAAAUGUCCACGAAUCUCCCUGGCCACCUUCUCUUCACCACUGCCUCCCCUGUCUUUCCGCAAUACCACCACGCCCAAAUUCACAACUCCCCGCAUUGGUUCCAUGCCUGAUAUGAGCUCCACACCUUGUCACCAAACACCUGAUCUUCCCCGUCGGCGGUCUCCGCUAGCCAAUGCUGCAGAACGCGUCAAGGCCUCGCAGCGAACCCCACCUCGCACGCUAGGAUCCCCCAUGCAACUGAGUAGCCCCCCGGCUACGGUAAUUCGCCACAAUCGCACCCGUAAUCUGGAGGAAGUUGGAGAUGCAACGCGGGACGGCCUAUCACCGUCUCAAAGAGGCGACGCAGUGGAUGGGCUACUCAAACUGAUGAACACGGCAAAUCGACGUGCCAGCACUGAUGCAUGGAGUGGGUGA